CCAAACUUUAGCUUCAAAUUAACAUUGAAAAGAAACAAAAAAAAAAAAAACAUGGCAAACAAGUACAAUGUUAGAUCAAUUAGUUUGCCAUCAAGAUCUCAUCCUAGCACAAUUAGAGUUGAUGAGGAUUUGAGCAAGCUCAAGACUUGGGAAGGAACAUCUACAUCAAGGUCCAUUCAUAAUAGUCUUUCCUUGCUUGAAGAUUUGUAUAUUUCAUUGGAUAAUCUUCUCAACAUGACAUCAACCAAACAAGUGAUUUCUCACCAUAGAGGUGAAAAAUGCAUUGAAGAAGUUUUAGAUGGUUCUAUGAUGAUUUUGGAUAUUUGUGGCACCACUAGGGACACCAUGUUGCAAAUCAAGGAAAAUGUUCAAGCUCUUCAUUCUUGUCUAAGGAGAAGAAAAAGUGAUUCAAGUGUUGAAAAAAGUGUGGUGGAAUAUAAAUACUUCACAAAAAAUAUGAAGAAAAAUGUGAAUAAAUUGAUCACAUCUUUGAAGCAUAUGGAUAGUAAAUUUGGGGUGUGUCCAAUUUUUGAACUUAAUCAUCAUCUUUCUUCUGUGGUUAGAGUUCUUAGAGAAGUCAUUGUAAUGAACUUAUCUAUUUUUCAAUUAAUUUUGUCAUUUUUUAUUGUGUCUACAUCAAAGUCAAAGUCAAACAAAUGGUUGUUGGUGGCAAAACUAAUGCACAAGGGUGUUAUAACAAGUGAAGAUAAUUCAGAAAGUGUGAAUGAGUUGCAAUGUGUGGAAGCUGCUUUAAGCACUCUUUUAAGUGAAGUCACUUGUGGUGAAAAGUUGCAAGCUGCACAUGAAAAAUUGAAAACUUUGGAAAAUGCAAUUGAGAGCAUUGAGGAUGGUUUGGAGAACUUAUUUAGGCGGUUGAUUAAAACUAGAUCCUCCCUCUUGAACAUAAUCUCUCAAUAGAACUGUUUAGUGGUAAUUUUUUCACUAAAUCUUGUAAGGCAUCCAAAAGUUUUAGUAUAUAUAUGGAUAUGGAUAUGUUGAGGAGUGAAUAUUUUUACCUCAAUGAUUAUAAUGUAUAAAUGUCGAUAGUUAUACAAUGAAAUGAAAAACAUUAUACUCUA